AUGGCUUCCGCGGCGGACCACGUGCCAGAGGAGCCCGUUGACAAAAUGGGCGAUGAGGAAGGGGCGGGCACCAGCGUCGCGGUGGCAGGGGAGGGCCAGCUUAAGGAAGAGCUCAAGUGGAAACCCGCAACGCCUGUUAUCACGAGGAAUGCCAGUGUACCAAUUUGGACUAGGAUGGCCACGGAGACCGAUGUCAGACCUGAAAAACCAAACCCCAAGUCAAAGUGGAGCCGUUCAAAGAGCAGGGAACACGAGCGCGAACAAAGUCGACGGCGUUCACGUGUGGGAGAGUCGCAUGACGAAAGUAGGAGAAAACCGAGUACACAAGGCAUAAGUCUUGGUGUACAAAAAACAAGAGACGCUAUUGCCAAGGUGAAGGCCAAAAAGAUCACCCGAGCGGAUCUGGAUAAGCCUCUCAGCUCGUGA